AUGGAAACUACAUGGUCAUCCACCGAAGGAAUAACCGUCACUACCAACACAACAGGAGAUGAGAAUGAAUUUACCUCAACAACAUUGUUGAUUUUCGUAAAAGUUUUGGCAGUACUUGCAAUCUUUCUGUGUGUCUUACUGAAUCCACUGAUGCUUGUCACCUUACGCCGUGUCACCAGCAUCCAGCCAACAACCAAAAUAUUCAUGGCUUCUCUCACCCUGUCUGAUCUGUGCAACAGUUUAUGCUGGAUCCUUCCUUUAACAGAAUUGUUUGCUGGAUCCUGGUUGCUGGGGGAUUUUCUUUGUGUAAUAUACAUUGUAACUAGUUACCUCUUUCCUGGUUUGAUUAUGUUUUGUCUGCUCAUUCUGACUGUGGAUCGUUAUAUUGCCAUUUCCCAUCCUCUGCGAUACCCUUCAAUCAUGACUGAGUUCAGAUCAAAAAUAAUUGUGUUUAGCACAUGGGCAGCACAGAGCAUUAUCUGCCUUUUGGGAUUUGGGAUUCCUGGGAGUCGUAUUGUCUCACUGGAUACCCGUUAUCACAUUUGCCUGGCAGGAUUUGACUGGAGACAAUAUCUAAGUUUUACACUACUUGUUUUCACAAUUCUAUCAAUACUCAUCAUGUAUGCACACAUUGCUGUGAUAGCUCGCAAUCAAGCCCGACGCAUUGCUGCUGAAAACCAAGCAGGCAAUGGUCAAGGUGGGCAGAGAAUAAACACCAGAUCAACCACCACCAUCAUCAUCAUAACAGGGACUUUAAUCAUCACCUGGAUUCCAUCAGUGAUCAGGUUAGUGAUCGAUUCACAAAACCAAUGGGAGCCUUAUGACAGUUACUUGGCCAUGAUGUUCACGAAUGUUCUGCUGUUGUGCAAUGGCUGGCUGAAUGUUAUCAUUUACUACCUGAGGAAUAGGGAUCUUCGUCAGGCAGUGCGCACUUUAGUAUCUGACUGGCAUCAAAGUCUGCAACAAAGAUUCUUGCAUUAA